AUGGCGCCCAGCAGCCGGCUCUCAACCCCCACAGACGGCUGUGGGCUCCUACGGGUUUCCAGAGCCAGCUUCGAAGAGUUCAACAGCAGGAGGUCAGGUGUGCAUUCUCAGGAGCCAGACUGCUCUGGGAUGGAAGCCGGAGGCAUCGUGAAAGCAGAUGGCCCCGUGAAGCCAGGCCAGCCCUCGAAACCCUUUGCUGUGGUGAAACCUAUGAGAUGUGUGACCCCGGCUUUCACACCUGACCUCGGAGACAGAGACGAAGGCCAUCGUGAAGGAAGGGGAACAGACCUUCACCGAGACCCUGGCCUCCAAGGGAGGCCGAGACGCAUGCUGAGACCAGGUCUGCGUGUGGAGUCGGACCACCGCGAUGAGCGCAGACACCACGUGGAAUCAGAAGCCACGCAGACCCCAUCCCUCCCUUCUACUGGGGCAGCGAUGGUGCGACUUACAGCACAGCCUGGGGCAGGAGUCCAGGCGCUGCCCGAUGCGUCUGGGUAUUGGGUCCUCACCGAUGCCCCAACUUCUGGCGUCUAUCCCUGCUUGGGGUUCAGACCCUUGGAGGGCUCAACUUUGUUCUUCACGCAGACCCCCUCUGGUACCUUUGUGUACGGGGUCCCAGAAUUUUUUACCCACAUUGCACAGUGACCUCUGUCACUUGCCACCAGAGUCUGUCUGAGCUGGGUGUUAUUCCCAGGCCAAAGCCAAGUCCCCAUCUGUCCCCACUCAGCCCUUCCCCUGCCUUAUGUUGUCCAGACUGCAC